ACCAGAAUCGCAUACAUGAGCUCCACGGCUGCUGCGGCACCACCAGCUAGGCGCAUGCGCAGCCGGCUGCCGUCUGCCUCGUCCUGCAGGUCUGAUGACCCCUCCUCCGCCACCAACGCCAACGGAAAUGGGAAGACCUCCCCGAAGCUUGCUUCUCCCAAACAUCUUCCGGGGGAGAGGACGGUGAAGAAGCUAAGGCUGUCCAAGGCGCUGACGAUACCUGAGGGCACGACGGUCUACGACGCGUCCCGGCGGAUGGCGGCGAGGCGGGUCGACGCGGUGCUGCUCACCGAUGCCCAAGGCCUCCUAUCUGGCAUAGUCACCGAUAAGGUGAACUACUUUCAUUACUUUUCAGUGGAAUAUGUUCAGCAGAGAUUAAAUUAA